AUGGGGGCAACCCCUUUCCACCCCUCGAUCCUCGAGGUCCGGUUUCUGAGGAAUUUUGACAAGCCAACAGACACGACGUACAAUGGGACUAAGGACCCCGAAGAGCACCUCACAGCCUUUGAGGCACGAAUGAAUUUGGAAGGGGUAGGCAACGCAGUUAGGUGCCGAGCAUUUCCCGUAACACUGGCCGGUCCAGCAAUCCGAUGGUUUAACGCACUCUCACAAGGGUCCAUCACGACCUUCACGGACAUUUUCCAAAGCUUCCUAGCUCGGUUCACAACAUGCAUAGCCAAGGCCAAACACCCGAUUAACUUGCUAGGGGUCGCCCAAAAGCCUGGGGAACCGACCAGAAAGUUUCUGGACAGGUUCAACGAUGAAUGCUUGGAAAUCGACGGCCUCAUGAACUCAGUUGCUAGUCUUUGCCUAACAAACGACCUGCUAAACAAGGACUUUAGAAAGCACCUCACAACUAAGCCUGUAUGGACCAUGCAAGAAAUUCAAAGCGUGGCCAAGGAAUACAUCAAUGAUGAGGAAGUAAGUCAGGUUGUAGCAGCCAAUAAACAGCAGCUCCCGAACCCACCAGCUCGGCAGACUCCCCAGGUCGACAGAUAUAAGGAAACUCCUAGGGAUGGAACAGCAGCCAAGCAACACAAACAACCCCCACGGGUGGGGAGGUUCACAAACUACACGCCACUCACGGCGCCCAUAGUGGAAGUCUAUCAGCAAAUUGCAGACAAAGAAAUCCUAUCCAAACCCAGACCAUUGAAAGAGAGAACAGGAGGCAACAAAAGCCUCUACUGUGAUUAUCACAAGGGUUUUGGUCACAAGACCCAAGACUAUUUCGACCUCAAAGAUGCUUUAGAAUAG